UGUGUAAACACUAAACACACAUUUAGGAUUCUCUUUUACUCUUCACUUUUGUCAGUCCUUGGGUUCUGAGUAGUUUCUUUUGGGUUGGGUUGAAUUUAUUGUAGUAGAAUAGAAAGAAACUCUCACCAUUCUCAAAAAAAUCACCAUCUUUCUCACUUCUUUCUCCCACCCAUUUUCCAAAUCUCUUCAAAUUCCAUUUCUUUCUACUCGAUCCAUUCAUUCUCUAUCUUAAAGUUUCCAUCAUUUGUCUCUUAACAAGGUGAACCACAUUUACUGUAAAUUACAGUUAGCUGAGGAUGAAAAUGUGACCUUCAAGUUUUGGAGAUUAAUAUAUGUUAGAUGUGAUUAAUUUUCUGGAAUAAUGUCUAGAGUUACCAAGUGGAAGAUUGAGAAAACAAAAGUUAAGGUGGUUUUUCGCCUUCAAUUCCAUGCUACACAUAUUCCACAAUCUGGAUGGGAUAAACUGUUUAUCUCUUUCAUCCCUGCUGACUCUGGGAAGGUUACAUCAAAAACAACCAAAGCAAAUGUGAGAAAUGGUACUUGCAAGUGGUCAGAUCCAAUCUAUGAAACUACAAGACUCCUUCAAGAUAUUAAAACAAGACAAUAUGAGGAGAAAGUUUACAAACUUGUUGUGGGGAUGGGCUCUUCAAGAUCUAGCAUCCUUGGUGAGGCCAACAUAGAUCUCGCUGAUUUUGUUGAUGCGUUGAAGCCUACAGCUGUUGCUUUGCCUCUUAACGGAAGUGAUCCUGGAGUCACACUACAUGUUGCAGUGCAGCUUCUCACUUCCAAAACUGGUUUUAGAGAAUUCGAACAGCAGAGGGAACUCAGAGAGAAGGGUCUACAAACAACCUCUGACCAAGGUAGUCAUGAUGAAUCUGCUGAUAGCAAAGAUUCAUCUCCUGACCAGAAUGUUAAUAAUCACAUUAAUAAGGUUAAUUCAAGAGGGAAAUUGAAAAGGGAAUCAAAAUAUCUUCCUCGUACUUCUUCACUCGAAGGAGAAUCAAGGUUAAAUGAAGAUUAUGCUGACUCAGCUGCUGGAUUUGAUGGCUCUUCUACUACUUCUGAAAGUGUGUAUACUGAGAAGCAUGAUACGCAUGAAGUGGAAAGUCUUAAAAGCACAAUGUCUGGUGAUUUAGGUGUACUAUCCCUCGGACAAAGUCCUCAGCGAGAGAAAGGAGAAGCACCUGACAAUCAGUUUCCACCACAGGACAAUGCUUGGGCUCAUGGUUGGAGCAUAGACUAUUCAGCUUCAAAUAAUUUGGCUCCUGCUUCCGAAGACUGUAGCAGUAGCAGUCUUAAAGGAAAUUUAGAAGCAGUUGAGUCAUCUAUUCUUGAUCUAAAACUGAAGGUGAGCUCUUUGCAAAAUCAUUCUGAUGAAAUAGGUGUUGAAACAAAACUUUUUUCUGAGCAAAUUGCUGCUGAGAUAUCAUCAGGAGAAGAGCUAGCAAAAGAGGUUGCUGUACUAAAAUCAGAAUGUUCAAAGUUUAAAGGUGAAUUUGAGCAGCUUAAAAGUUCUAAGUUAAGCUUAGCAUUUGCACGCAAUGAACCUACUGAGACGGAGAGGGAUAGAUUAUUUCAUAAUUUACAGUUUAAAUGGCAUAAGGGGCUUUUGCUCAUGGAAGAUAAGUUAAGAGAUAUUCAGAAAGUAUCUAUGGGAUUACCUGAAAGGGAUUUUAGGUUCUUUAACUUGGAGUUAGAGAGAGUAGUUGAGAUUUUGCAGGAUCUCAAACAAGAAUCCAGCAAUCCAAUUUCAGGGACUAAAGUUGUAAACGGAAGAGAGAAUGCGAAGAUGGAGUUACAAAUGGAUGGGCAACUUUUAACAGAUAUUGGGUCCGAUGCUGCUUUAUUUCAACCUGAAAGCAUGGCUCGUUAUCUCACUGCAUCUGGCCUUGUGGCUCAUGAGUUUGAUUCUGUAGAUCCCACCCUUGCUAUGAAGGAGAAAAUAUUUGAACUUCUAAGGGAGCUAGAGGAGUCCAAAACUGAAAGAGAAGGCUUUGUACGGAAAAUGGACCAGAUGGAGUGCUACUAUGAAGCUCUUAUUCAAGAACUUGAGCAGAAUCAAAGGCAGAUGAUGGUUGAGUUGCAGAACCUCAGGAAUGAACAUUCUACUUGCAUAUAUGCAAUUUCUGCUGGUAAGAACGAAAUGGAGAAAAUGCACCAAAAUAUGAAUGAGCAGAUAAUGAAAUUUUCUGAAGAUAGGCGCAUUUUGGAAUCUCUCAACAGCGAGUUUGAAAAAAGGGCUACUUCUGCAGAAGCAGCUCUUAAAAGGGCUAGAUUGAACUAUUCUAUUGCUGUCGGUCAAUUGCAAAAAGAUCUUGAACUUCUUUCUUGCCAGGUUCUCUCUAUGCAUGAGACAAAUGAGAAUCUCAUAAGCCAGACCCUUUCUGAUUCUUCACUCUCAAACACUGAUGGUUUCCCAGAACUAGUGAAUUGUACUAAAAGUUCAGAAGGUCAUGCUUCUAAUCAAUUGCUACGACAAAAUCACAGUUCUUCCUUUCAUAGACAACAUUUGGGUGAAGACGUUUUACUAAGCGAUUUGAAAAGAUCACUUCGAUUGCAAGAGGGGUUAUACAAACAGGUUGAAGAAGAAAUCUGCCAGAUGCAUUUUGUAAAUAUAUACUCAGAUGUGUUUUCUAAGGCUCUGCAAGAAACAUUGCUUGAAGCCAGUCUUAACAUUCAGGCCACGGAAGAUGAAAAAUUUCAACUCUCUAGGCAGCUAGAGCUUUCAAAUCAAUCCAAUGAGUCACUGGUUCUUAGGUUGCAGAACGCUAUGAGUGAUAUCCUCUCGUUAAAGGAGUACAAGGAGAUUUGCAUAGCAAAGAGCAAUGAUCUUACUCACCGGAACCAAAUUUUAGAGGCAAAUUUAAAAGAUCUUGGUCAUGAAAACAAUCUUCUUACUCAUAAAAUUAAUGAGGUAGAAGUCCUUUUGACAGAUUAUAGAAGUAAAUACGUUGCAUGCAGUGCAGAGAACUCAGAGUUGAAUAACUUAUUGAAGAAAGAGAGCCUAGAAAAUGACCAUCUUCAUGAUGAAAUAUCCACUUUGCAGAAAGAGAUAAUAUCUUUCAGAACUAAAUUUGAUGUGCUGGACUCCAUGAAUAAUGAUCUGCAAAAUAAAGUCAUGUUUUUGUCUAAUAAGUUGCAGAAAUUAGUGGCAUCAUAUGAUGAUAGAUGCACUGAACUUUCUCUUUGUAGUAGUUCUGCUUGUUUGGAUUCAGAAUGCAAAGACUUAGAAAUUUUGUUAUUGCAACUAGGAGAGCAGCAACGUAAUGCUUUUGAUAGGAUCUUGGUACUCGUUGAAGAGAAGAAAACUGUAGUGCACGAAAAACAAAUGGCUCAAGUAUCUUUAAGCACAGCAGAAUCAGAUGCUCUUGUCAUGAAACAGAAGUUUGAGCGUGAUUUACAGCAGAUGGCAAUCAACAUAAGUGUGUCUAGUAUCCAGUUGCAGAAACUUGAGUCAGAUCUUGAGGUGCUUGUUGAAAAGAUCAGUGCUGGUUUUAAAUCUGAAGAAAGAUACUCUCAGCAACAGUAUGAACUGUUGUCUAGUUUUGAUCAUUUGGAGGCUGAACUUCAGCAACUGAAUUCCCGAAAUCAGGAUCUUAGUCAAGAAAUUAUAAAGCUAGGUACGUCGGCUAGUGACCUUGAAAUGUGUAAGUUGACCUUAGCAGCAAUUACAGAGGAGAAGAAAGCUUUGGAGUUGUCUCUCCAGGACAAAACAGAAGAAUCUGCCAAGAUUUCAUCUGAGAUUAAUUUUUUGAAAAACAACUUGUCUUCUCUACAGGAUGAGUUGCGCGAUGAAAAGAAUUUCAGAGAAAAAUCGGAGAAAACAGUCUUAGAUCUUACAACAGAAUUGAAUGAAAAACAACACCAGCUGCAGGACAAAACAGAAGAAUCUGCAAAGAUUUCAUCUGAGAUUAAUUUUUUGAAAAACAACUUGUGUUCUCUGCAGAAUGAGUUGUUUGAUGAAAAAAUCUUCAGAGAAAAAUUGGAGACAACAGUCAUGGAUCUUACAACAGAAUUGAAUGAAAAGCAACAUCAGCUGCAGGACAAAACAGAAGAAUCUGCAAAGAUUUCAUCUGAGCUUAUUUUUUUGAAAAACAACUUGUGUUCUCUGCAGAAUGAGUUGCGUGACGAAAAAAUCUUCAGGGAAAAAUCAGAGAAAGCAGUUAUAGAUCUUACAACAGAAUUGAAUGUAAAGCAACACAAACUGCAGGAUUCCGAUACAAACAGACAAGAACUGGUCCAUCUCAAGCAACUGGUGACAGACUUAGAAUCUGAGAGAUCGAGAGUCUUAGAUCUUCUACAGAUAUCUGAGAAACGUCUUGAAGAUGCUUUAAAGGAAUCUUCUUAUAUUGGUCAUCUGGAAACUCACUUAUCUGAAAUGCAUGAAUGUUCAGUAGCUACUGAUGUCGUUAUGACCUUUACCAGAGCUCAGUUUGAGGGUCAUGUGGAGGAACUUACCGAGAAACUUAAUUCUGCGUGCAGACAAGUGGAUGUGCUAUGUGAGAAGAAUCUUGAUUUAGAAUCUGAAUUGAAUGCCUGUCUUUCUAGAGAAUUGAAUUGCAUGGAAGAAAAUAUGACACUGUCGACUAGUCUUGACUACUUAAAAUCUGAGUUGGAGGUCUAUACUGCUCAGUGUAGAGCACUAAUUGAUCAAAAUAGUGUGGCAACAUCAGAGCUUAAGGAACACAAGAGUAGGACAGAAAAUGUCAGCAAUUCUUCUUACUUGCGUGAAAGAGAGUGCGAGCUUGAGGUUGUAAGGCUGGAGCAAUUGCUGGAAAGUGUCAGUAGAGAUGGGGAAGGACUGUUUUUGUCCAAUGAAGAAGCCAAAGUCAAAUGUAUAGUUCUCCAGGGAAAACUGGAUGAACUGAAAACUGCAAUUACUUCACUGCAGCAAUCAGAUAAUGAGUUGAUAAGGCUGCAGAACCAAUGUAAUGAGCUUACCAGGAGGCUUUCUGAACAGGUUCUUAAGACAGAGGAGUUCAAGAAUUUGUCUACUCAUUUGAAGGAACUGAAAGACAAAGCUGAAACUGAGUGUCUUAAUGCCCGUGACAAAAGAGGACAUGAAGGACCACCGGUCGCUAUGCAGGAGUCUCUGAGAAUUGCAUUUAUCAAGGAACAAUAUGAAACUAAGUUGCAAGAAAUGAAACAACAACUGUCUUUGUCUAAAAAGCAUAGCGAGGAAAUGCUGUGGAAACUACAACAUGCAAGUGAAGAAACUGAGAAUAGAAAAAAGUCCGAAGAUGCUCAAAUAAAAGUAAAUGAAGAGCUGGGAAUGAAGAUCUUGGAAUUGGAGGCUGAGUUACAGGCUGUAAUUUCUGACAAACGCAAUUUGUUAAAUGCUUAUGACCUGUUAAAGGCUGAAAAGGAGUGCUCAGUGAUAUCCCUUGAAUGUUGUAAGCAAGAAAAACAAGAACUUGAAGCUUCUCUUCAGAAAUGUAGUGAGGAAAAGUCCAAAAUUGAAGUAGAGGUCACCGUUUUGAAAGAAUCAAUUGAGACUUUGAAAUCCAAUGUGAAUGUUCUGAAUGAAGGCAAUAGCACAUUCUCUUUAUUAAAUUCUCAAGAAAAAUCAACCUCUGCAGUUUGCAGCAGUCGUGAACUAGAGAGUGCAAAUUCAAUCAUCAACAUGCAGCCAGAGGAUCCUCUUGCAUUUAGAGUUACAAAUGGAUAUCAAACUCUAGGAACUGAAGAUGAUUUGCAGCAAAAUGAAGAAAACAAACACCUGGCUUUAGCUCAGAGUUUGAAAUCUAGCAUUGAGCACCUCAAUAAGGAGUUGGAAAGGAUGAAAAACGAUAAUAUGCUUCCUACUGAAGAUUGUCAAAGCCAUGAGACAAGUUUUCCAGGUCUGCAAAGAGAACUGACACAGUUACAUGAGGCCAAUCAAGAGUUAGGAAGCAUGUUCCCUGUGUUCAAUAAAAUCUCUGUCAGUGGCAAUGCAUUAGAAAGGGUGCUUGCUUUGGAGAUUGAGCUUGCUGAAGCAUUGCAAGCCAAGAAGAAGUCUAGCAUCCAAUUUCAGAGUUCUUUCUCGAAGCAACACAGCGAUGAAGAAGCAGUAUUCAGAAGUUUCAGAGAUAUUAAUGAGCUAAUUAAAGAUAUGUUAGAACUAAAGACAAGACAUUCUUCCAUGGAGACAGAACUAAGGGAGAUGCACGACCGUUACUCUCAAUUAAGCCUUCAGUUUGCAGAAGUUGAAGGUGAGAGACAAAAACUGAUGAUGACUCUUAAGAAUACUCGAGCAUCCAAAAUGGCUCCAAAUUCUCCGAACUACUUCAGAGACCAUUCCUUAUCCCCGCACUAGGGCACCAUUUUUUUAGUUUACCACCUUGCGCAGGCCAAUAAUCCAUGCUUGAUUAAGAAUUAAGAUAUUCGCGGCCCCAUUAUAUCUUAUAUUUUGUGUAUUAUAUUAGAUAUAGAUAUAUAGAUUAUGUUAUAUAAGGGGCCCUAUCAGCUAUAUCAAGAGUUAUUAUAUUUUUGCAAGGGUUGGUAUGCUAUUUCAUAGUUUUCAUAAUGAGGAUAAUAAUUUGUGUAAAUAAAGUAGUGUUUGUUCUUGACUCUUGACUCUAAGAAUCAAAGUAUACAUAUCCAUCCCUGAGUGUUGUAGUUGUUUUUCUGUACAGGAACAAGUUCUUACAAUAAUAUUUCUAUUUAAAAUUUAUUUUGAUGAUAA